GUAUGGUGGAGAGGCACAGAGGCAGAAGCCAAGGCUGACAACAAGAACGUAUCCACGGUUCUAUCAAGGGUUGCUGAGCACGCAUUAGGAUCUCCACAGCAACUUAGCUCUUUCAGACGGGAAUAUAUCCUAUCCAGCUUUUUACUUUAAUUCUUUCAUUUUUUUGCUUAAAGAAAACCGAUGUUCAGGCACUGGUGUCCGUGAGGCGAAGAUGUCGGAGCGAGCUAUGGAACUGCUCCUCCGUAGGGCCGCGGUCGGCGAAGCCUUGUCGUGGAGCGAGUCCCUCGACCAUCUCCUGGAGAGUAAAGCAGGUCGCCUGGUAUUUGAGGACUUCCUGAGGAGCGAGUACAGUGAGGAGAACCUGCUCUUCUGGCUGGCCUGCGAGGACUACAAGAGGAGCCCCAGCCCCCACAAAAUGGCCGCCAUGGCACAGAGGAUCUUCGCUGAGUUUGUGCAGGUCGAUGCGCCCAGACAGAUAAAUAUCGACUACCUGACCAGAAAAAGCAUACGGGAGAAUAUCUCUGAGCCGGGAUUGCACUCCUUCGACAGAGCGCAGAAGCUCAUAUACGCACUGAUGGAAAAUGACUGUUAUCCUCGAUUCCUGAAAUCGGACAUCUAUCAGGCUUUCCUGGAACAUUCCAAGCAACAAUAAGUGAGAAAAAAAAGCAACACUGCAAGGUACGAAGGUCAGCUACAGCAGGGCUCUCUUGUCAGACAAAGUGAAAUUCAAAGAAUAUAUAUAUAUAUAUAUAUUUGGAAUUAUAAUUUUCAAUACCAUCCCCCUUCUGAAACAUCCAUCUCAGCUUCCCAUUCCCUGUUAUUUUAUCAAUUAAUGUGGAAAUAUUACCGCUAUUGCAUUAUAGCGUUUACUUUUUCAAUUCCGUGCAACAUUACUUUUCCCAGGGAAAGAUUUGACGGCGAUACUGCAUCCUCAGCCAGUAUGCUAUUGCGCAAGCACGCAGGCACGCUUGCGGCGCAUCUGCGUACUUGCGCAAUAGUGCCUUAACGAGCUCUCGUUCCGAACCGUACGAGACAGACAAUGGUAGCGUGAAGCUGUCUCUGCAUCUCAGACAUCUCGCUUCCGCAGGCAACUCUGUCCCCUUUUCUCCCUUUCAUUCCAAUCCUGAGCAACGCUAGUCUCCCUUCUCUGCCGAAUGCAUUUUUUAAAAAAAAGAAUAAGUAUCAGUUUUUAAAAUCCUUAAUUGUAAUGCAUGACUCCGAACCGUGUGAUGUGUCCAAUCUGCUGCAUUUUGGGGGAUAAAAUAAGAGUUCUUAAUAAGAACUCUUAUUUAUUUUUUAAAUAAGAGUUCUUAUUUUAUCCCAAAAAAUAUAAAAUAAUAAUGUAAUAAUAAUCAUAAUAAUAAUGAUAAUAAUAAUCACUAUGUUGGUCUCCCACCAUAUGCGCUGUCAUCAGCACAAAUGAUCUGUCCCUAAAGUUAAAAUCCCCCAUCCCCCCUGGCUUUCUUUUUUACAACUCGACCACUGUAUAUGACUCAUAUAUAUAUAUAUAUAUUAGAGCUGUCAAGCGAUUAAAAUAUUUAAUCGUGAUUAAUCGCAUUUAUGUCAUAGUUAACUCAUGAUUAAUCACAUUUAAUCGCAAAUUAUUUUUCUAUGCUAAAUACCCCUUGAUUUUUUUGUCCCAUAAUUCUUCUCAUUUUAAUUAUCUUAUCAACAUGGUGAAGUGCAUCGGCUUGCCUUGUGCAAAUGAUUUUUUAUUGAUAACAACAUUGGCAUAUACUGAUCAAAACAGGACGAUACAAAAAAAAGAGCCUAUAGUGCAAUUAAACGACUGCUUUGAACAAAUGUCAUUUGAACAUAGCAGUCAGGCUACUGCUUCUAUGUUUUGAGCCAAAGAAAGAAAAAAAAAAAACUUUUUUUUUUUUAAAUAAAACAAUGGCGUUAAUCGCGCGAUAAUAACGCGUUUAACUGACAGCUCUAAUAUAUAUAUAAAGACAUGUCUGUGUAAUAAAAAUAUAAAGUGAGAGAGGGAGAAAGGUUGUUGAGAUGAGGUUUUUUGAGGACGCAUAUCAGAGUGCUUUCAUUCAUGUACCAUUUUGAAUGUUUCUUUUUUAUAAUUGCACAGACCGAUAACUGCUUUGAAGACCACACUUUCUAUGUUGAAUAAACCAUGCAGAGAAUGCAGGGAUGUACCUGCCUGGUGUGGCACAUAUAAGCUCAAUGUGUAAAGAAUUUUCAAAAGAUUCUCUAUUCUUGGAGAUGUCAUGACCCCUGAUGUGUUUAGAAAACAAUACAAAUACAGAAAUGUGCCUUUGAAAGAAAUCGGAUGUAUGUUUGAUGUAUGUAUGAAUGUUAGGUAUGUAUGUCUGAUCAGGUGUAUGUAUUUGUACAGGAUGUACGUCUUGUAUGUAUGAGAAUGGUGGUGGGGAUAUUUACAAUGAAUAAAUACAUUUAAAGUCAAUAAUUUGUUAAUAAUUUCAAAUAAAUGCAUCUAUAAAUGUCCAUUUUAAAUUGGUUGCACUUUUCUGUAGUGCAGUCUUCACAGCAAACUGGCAUCGCAACAACUCAAGAAGCACUAACUAACCAAUGUUUCACAAUGGCUCCAUAAUAACU